UUAUCAAGCCGAGGAGUUCUUAAAACAGUCGUGUAAAAUAUGAAAAUUUUCGCGUUACUAUUCUUGUUAGCUUGUGUCUAUUGGUCAAGUGCAAGUGCUGAUGUACAUAAAUCYGAGCAGAACAAUCGCUUUGGUCUCGUGAAUCAACGAGUUAGAUCCUUGCGUGAUGGGCUUGGUGUUAGGUUUGCUAGUAACACGAAGACACCGAAACCCGUCGCACCGCUAGRCGAUGAAGAUGUUGACGAUCCAUGGGAUUUGGGCACAUUCUUCGGAAAAAUGAGCACAAAAGUGGGUUCGGUCGUUAAAAAUGUAGUGGGCGAUGUAUUGGAAUGUGUUGACAGUAUAUUCAAAGGCUUAAUACCAGGUGGAAACAAAAAAGAAAAGAAAGAUCCUAAGGAUAAUAAAGGUGGUAAAGGCGGUGCAGGCGCAGCAGAUCCGAAACCAACUGAGGCGGUCACCGUAAAACCAACAGAAUCCACAACUAGURGUAGUACAACAGUCACMUCAACAGCAUCCACGACUAGUGGCAAUACCACAGUCACAUCAACAGCAUCCACGACUGGUGGUAAUACCACCGUAAGCUCAACUCAAUCCACGACUACUGUUGCUUCGGGUAAAUAAACUAUUGUCUCUUUAGUUGAACGUAAAGAAAGAUACUGCACAAUUGUAUAAAGUAAAACCCUCUUAAGCAAUAGCUGAAAGUGAUAUAACCCCGCAAUCAUAAACUARUAAAUAUGUUAAAAAUUUUAUGUGRACUAUUCUUGCACAAUAUUGAAUAUUUUU